AUGCCAGGAAUUGAACAAGGCAGCUGCAUAUUAUAUAUAUACACUGUGUCUAAAAAGCCGUUCCCAAUCACGAUGCUGAGCGGGGACGAGUUCCUCAGCGCAUGGUGGCAAGUUGUGCUCUGUCAUUAUACCCUCUGGAAGCACGGUAUCUAUCACCGUGACGUUAGCCCGAACAAUCUCAUGGUGUACCGGUUAAAUGGCAAAUGGGUUGCAGUCCUCAAUGACCAUGACUUGUCAUCGAUUUCACGCGAUAGGCCUAGCGACAACGAGCGCGCAGGAACAGUGCCAUUCAUUGCAAUUGAACUGCUCCGGCCAAAUUUUCUCGCAGGCCAAGUCAAACACUUGUACCACCACGAUGCUGAAUCGUUUGUCUGGGUCCUCGUUUGGGUCUGUCUUCGGUACAAGGACGGCGAGCUCCUGCGCGUGAGGGAGGGCAGACUGCUCGACGACUGGCUCAAAGUGGAUGCUACCAGAUGCAGGGAGAAAAAGUCUUACUUUCAGUGGAACUUCAGGGAAGAGGACGACCUCGACCCUGAGAUCCAACCCUCGUCAUCGCACAAAUCUACUAACUGGAAGCUUGCGGUAAAAUGCCUUCACGCACUCUAUUAUUCCUCCUUGGCUAGCAUGCCAGACGAUAAAACUGAAUUCGAGAAGCGGCUCCUGACGAACAUGAAGUCUGUCGCUCCACACAUAUUUCACCAUCCUGUCGACGUGUUAUAA